CAGCGCUUGAGAAAGUGUACACGGUCCACAUUUCUCUCUUCAUUUGGGUGGCAUUUCUUUAUGUUGUUACUGUGGCUUUUAACCUGUGUUGCUCUUCUGAAGGUUGAUCCAACACCAUGUCGCUCCUUGCGAGUAACUUGCAUCAGGCCCGUUUCAAUGGCACAUUGAAUGUAGCAGUAAGUCCGAAUAGCAACAAUACUCCUUUAAAUCUUGAAUCUGAGACAAAACAUCACAGACCCCUUAACUCAGAACCUGUGCCGGACUGGGAAGAAGCGAAAGCUACUUUUAAAUGGGGCUGGGAAUUGCACUGGAUCUCAUUUGUCGUGUUAUUUUUGGGACUUGCCGUAUACUCCACAGCGAAGCUCGUCGCCGCUUCAAAACGGCGGCAAGUUCGGGAAAAAGUAUCCCGUAAUGUCUCCUACGCUGUGCACUCGUUGUUAAUAGUUCUCGGGAUCACUCGGGCACUCGCGCUGGUACUUUUCCCGUACGAGGUAACAACAAACUUAAAUGAAGCAGAUAUUGUCAUACCUUUGUAUGUUCACCGGAUUAUCUUUGGUCUGGGAUUUCCUUGUUUCAUGGCGGCGUUUGCUCUGAUACAAAUAACAUUCACGGCCAGCGUGAAAACCACACCGCUGACUUACUCUAAGCUGAGAAGGAUUCGAUUUCUCGUUCUUGUCAUCAUCGGGCAUUUCAGUGUUGUUAUUGUAGCAGAUGUGGUCACUGCUUUGGUGGAAAGUACCUCUGCCUUAUACAUGGUCUGCACCGCGUAUCUUCUAUCCAUGACCCUGUUCACGGGUAUCCGUAUUACCAAAACUGGUUGGAAAGUCGUUCGCGAGAACAGAGAACACGGAGCAACCAUGCCAAGUUCCAUGACGGCAUCGACCAUGUCUAUUGGUACCGCACACCGCAUGCGUCAGGCCUCGUUUAACAGAAGAGCAGUACGCAAAGUUUUUACCAUUACUACAUUGACAGUAUUUUUCUGCAUUGCAUUAUUUGCGUUAAAAAUCUACGAUUUAGUGGAAGUCAUAGAAUAUGUGUAUGUGUAUAAUAAAGACAAGGAGUUGGCUCCCUGGCCAUGGUUUAUUCAUGAAACUUUGUUCCGUUUAACGGAGUUUGGUUUAGCCUGUACUGUUAUUUACGCUGUUUCGCCUCUUAAACCUCCCAAGAAGUGCUUACUUGGUUGCAGCUGGUGUUGUUUUGAGUCAGGAACGGAUGAAAUCACCGCGAGUAGAGGUGAAUACCGGGAAAGAACAGGAACCAAUCAGAUGACAAGCCUUGGUCCUCCUACUGAAACUGCCGGCAAUAAUAAUGUUUAACUUUCGGUUUGCAAAACGAACUCAUUAAUGUAGUUAGAAAAUCAGAGCAGCGAGUAGAAACGAUGGGACAAUUGCAGAGAUUUAAAGUAUUUGUCACAAAGAAUCCAUAAAGACUACUGCCGUGGCCACUCCGCGUAAUUUUGUUCAGAAAAACGGCUGUUGCUGAUCUGCUGUGAAAAAUGUUUUCACUCGACCUUGACA